AUGAUGGUGGCGAAGCGAGCCGGCAUGCUCGCGGCGACGUCGCAGCGAUCGCUGCGCGCCGCGCGCGCGUCGUCGUCGGCCGCGCGCGCCGCGCCGCGGCGCCGCGCCGCGGCCGCGGCCGCCGGCGCCGGCGCCGGCGCCGCGCUCGCCGCGGCGGCCUACAGGGCGGACGCGUGGGCGCCUCUGCUCGACGCCGUCGCGUCGACGCGGGCCCUCUGCGACGGCGCCGUGCGGAGCUUCGACGACAUGGACCGCGGCGAGAAGGCGAAAAAGUCGGCGGCGCUCAAGACGAAGCAGGAGCACCCGACGCACUCGGCGCUCGACGGCGGCAAGGUCACCGUCGAUUUAGACGAGGACGACGUCGCGGAGCUCGAGGUCAUGGCCCUGGCCGACGUCGAGGCCUGCCGCGCCGACGUGUCCCGCGACGGCGGCGGCGGCCAGCUCCUCUGCACCUACGAGGGCAUCGUCUACGACGUCACGCAGUUCGCGGAGAGCCACCCGGGCGGGAAGGAGCUCCUCCUGACGGCGACGGGCCUCGACCUCAAGCACUUCUUCGACAACUACACGGUCCACGGCCACUCGGACAAGGCCGCGCGCUGGCUCGCGCCCCUCGCCGUCGGCAAGCUGUCGCCGGAGGACGCGGCGCUCGCGUCCGCGCGGUCGACGCCCGAAGCGCACGUCGACCGCCGCAUGGCGCGGCUCGGCGCGGCGCGGCGGCGCCUGCUGGCCGUCGCCGCGGCGCUGCCCCUGGCCAUCGGCGUGCGCGAGUGCGUCCGCGCCAUCGGCAGGUACCUCAGCGCGACGGUCGCGAAGUGGGUCGCCGCGCGGCUGCCCAUCGCCGUCGCGGGCUUCUCGCCGUGCUUCUCGCCGGGCUCCGAGCCCCUGCCCGCGACGGAGGACGGCUCCGCGCGGGGCGUCGUCGCCGUCGUCGGCGGCGGCAUCGCGGGCUGCUCCGCGGCGUGGAUGCUCGCGCGCGACGGCUUCGAGGUCCAUUUGUACGAGGCGCGGCCCGCGACGUCCGGCAACGCGCGGACCUUCGACUGGGUCGACGACACCUGGACCCAGUCCUGCGUGUCGAACACGGGCAAGGACGACACGGUGAAAUCCUGCGUGUCCGUCACCGCCUGGCCGCCGCUGCUCUACAAGAACUACACGGCGCUGUUGGCGCACCUGAACGUCGAGACCGUCGCGAUGCCGCUGUCGUGGUUCUUGAAUUCCAAGGUGCCGGGCUACGAGGGCACCCUGUGGGGCGCGGACCCGCGCUGCGACGUCGCCAACGGCGUCAACACCCUGCGGUCCGUCUUCGCGAACGACUUCCGCAAGUACGCGGCCGUCGAGCUGUUCGCGCGGCGCUGCACGGAGUUCUUCACGCUCGCCUGGGCGCCCUGGAAGCGGCACGACACCAUGUCCAUGUACACGAACCACACGGGCCUCGGCAUGCUCAACCCGCUGAACGUCGUCCCGCUGUACUCGCUGUUCAAGGGCGUCGGGGGCUCCGACGAGUGGUGGGACAUCAUCUUCACGCCCUACUACACGGCGUCCUUCCUCGUCGACGAGCUCCGCCCCUUCCCGGCGGUCUUCGGCCCCAUCAUCGAGGCGCAGAUCCCGCUGAACCCGACGCCCGAGAACUCGUGGCACGGGGCGUCGGCGAAGACGGACGCGGACUGCAAGCUGACGACCUGCGUCACCUGGAAGGACGCGGGCACGGGCAUCCGCGCCGUCUUCGCCAAGCUCGUGGAAGAUGUGGAUGUGAAGGUCGACACGCGCGUGCUCGAGGUGCGGGUGAUGCCCGACGGCACGAAGCGCGUCGUCGACGAGCACGACGGCGUGCUCGUCGCGGACCGCGUCAUCUUCGCGUGCCCCUGCAACGCGGCCAUGACCAUGCUCAAGAAGCCCGACAAACGGCUGGAAGAAACGGUCAUGGCCGCGCCCGUCUACGCGGACGACCACCACCCGGCGACGGGCCACAUGCACGCCGUCAUGCACAGCGACCCGUCCGUCAUCGACGCGCAGUACCGCUCCGACUUCCUGGACCGCGGGUCCAACUACGUCGAGGUCACGAAGCUCAAGGACGGCUCCAUCAACAUCGAGAACCAGUACAACUUUGGGAUCCAGACGCCGGGCCCGGGCGUCUACGAUUUGCCGUUGGACAAGAAGCCCGUCAUGCUCAUCUCGCACGCUUUGGGCGAGGGCAAGAAGAUCGACGAGACCUUGGUGCGGGGCGGCGGCAACCACUCGCGCGCGCACCCGCUCUACUCGGGGUGGAACGUCAUGGCGCAGCUGAGCCUCCGGCUCUGCCAGGGCCUGGACGGCCUCUACUACUGCUCCAACUGGACGACGCCGGGCAACUGCCACGACAUGUCGCUCCUCUCCGGCUUCCUCUGCGCGACGGCCAUCGGCGCGGAGUACCCGUUCCCGGACGACGCCGAGGCGCGCAAGGACCUCCACCGCCUCAACGACCUCAUGGGCGUCUUCUAG